AGUAGUAGUAGUAGUAGUAGUAGUAGUAGUAGUAGUAGUAGUAGUAGUAGUAGUAGUAGUAGUAGUAGUAGUAGUAGUAGUAGUAGUAGUAGUAGUAGUAGUAGUAGUAGUAGUAGUAGUAGUAGUAGUAGUAGUAGUAGUAGUAGUAGUAGUAGUAGUAGUAGUAGUAGUAGUAGUAGUAGUAGUAGUAGUAGUAGUAGUAGUAGUAGUAGUAGUAGUAGUAGUAGUAGUAGUAGUAGUAGUAGUAGUAGUAGUAGUAGUAGUAGUAGUAGUAGUAGUAGUAGUAGUAGUAGUAGUAGUAGUAGUAGUAGUAGUAGUAGUAGUAGUAGUAGUAGUAGUAGUAGUAGUAGUAGUAGUAGUAGUAGUAGUAGUAGUAGUAGUAGUAGUAGUAGUAGUAGUAGUAGUAGUAGUAGUAGUAGUAGUAGUAGUAGUAGUAGUAGUAGUAGUAGUAGUAGUAGUAGUAGUAGUAGUAGUAGUAGUAGUAGUAGUAGUAGUAGUAGUAGUAGUAGUAGUAGUAGUAGUAGUAGU